UUCAAUAUUAUGCAUCCUUCCUCCUAGUUACUUUUUCUAGUUUUAGUUUUAGCAUGGGUUCUUAAUUAGAUAAUAUAAUUUUGAUAGGUUUCUUUUUUUUUUUUUUUUUUUUUUUUUUUAUCUUUACUUUUUGUUUAUAAUGACUUGUAAAUUGCAUAUUAACAGGUUAAAGGAAACCGACACAUCUACAACUAUGAUAGAGUGGGCUAUGGCGGAGCUCAUGAACAACCCUACGGUGAUGGAGAAUGCACAAAAGGAAUUAUCCAAGGUUGUAGGAUUAGACAACAUUGUCGAAGAACACCACUUGCCCGAACUAAAGUACUUAGAUGCUGUUCUUAAAGAAACAUUACGCCCACAUCCGGCAGCACCCUUUUUGGUCCCAAGAUCUCCAUCCCAAUCUUCCAUAGUCGGGGGAUACACCAUUCCGAAGAACACCAUGGUUUUCAUAAAUGUUGCCUACAUCCAAAAGGAUCCUCGUUUUUGGGAUAGUCCACAAGAGUUCAAGCCUGAGAGAUUUCUAGGCAGCGAAUGUGAUUUUAGUGGUAAUAAUUUUCAUUAUCUUCCAUUUGGAUUGGGGAGACGGGUGUGCGCUGGCCUACCCUUGGCGGAGAAAAUGCUAAUGUAUUUUCUAGCUUCACUUGUGCAUUCUUUUGACUGGAAAUUACCGAAUGAUCAGAAACUUGAUAUGUCGGAGGCAUUUGGGAUAGUUUUGAGGAAAAGAUUUCCCUCGUGGAUAUCCCUAAUCAUAGAUUGUUCGAUUUAAAGUUAUAUAUGUAAUUGUAUGUCUUUCAAAUGAAUUUCUUUUUCUUUUCUUUCUUUUUUCCAGUUUCA